AUGCGUUCCGAUGAGAUUGCUAGGUGCUACAUUUUAGCAUCAAUUAGCAAUGUGUUGCAGCAGCAACAUCGGAACAUGUUGACGGCUGCAGAUAUGAUCUACAGCAUUGCUGAAAUGUUCGGCAGCCAGGGCCGUAAAGACAAUCACCUGAAUGAGAUAGAGCUCAUGGGAGCUGAGAUAGAUGGGGAGACUCAGGUGGAUAUGAUCCUAGAGACUCUCCCGGAGAUGUUCGACAACUUCAAGCUCAACUACUCAAUGAAUAAGUUGAACUAUUCACUCCCUGAACUCAUGAAAGAGCUUCAGACUGCGGAAACCCUACUGCUUAAAGGCAAAAAGAGGAAUGGAAAGGUAAACCUUACUAAAGCAAAGCCUUCCACCUCUGGCGCCAAGAAACAGAAGAAAGACUAA